AUGUCUUCAACAAUACCAGAAGAAGGCUCGGAGACCCCAGAGCCUUUGCAUGCCCAGCACCUAUCUAUGGCCGAAACCCAAGAGAGCCUCCGCAACCGGGGCAUCGCAGACACCCCUCCGGCAUUGGAUUACAACUACCCAGCUAUUGGACAUGACAAAGACCCUGUAUUCCCCGAGGAGUACACUGUUGAGACCAGUACUGGCCUUGUUCCCCAAAGAACCCUGGAGCAGAUCCGAUCUCAUGGUUCUAUCUCAUCGACGAAGAUCGGAACACCAACAAACGAGGUCAACACCGACAUCGAAAAAGGAGGAAAGGGCCCCACGGAGUUUGUAACCUUCACCAUCGGUGAUCCUGAACACCCCUACAAUUGGUCCCGUGCUUAUCGCUGGUAUAUCACUCUUGUCGCCUCGGCACUUGUGGUAUGUGUCGCAUUCGGGUCCUCCAUCGUCACUGGAGGACUGGGUUUGAUUGAAAAACAAUACAAUGUCUCUCUCGAAGUUGCGAUCCUAACAUGUUCAAUCAUGGUCUGCGGAUUCGCAGUUGGCCCUCUACUCUGGUCUCCCCUCUCUGAGAUCAUCGGCCGAAGGCCUGUAUACAUCAUCUCACUCGGUUUAUAUGUGAUUUUCAAUAUCCCAUGCGCUCUAUCCCCAAACAUCGGUGGCUUGCUCGUCUGCCGAUUCCUAUGCGGUGUCUUCUCUAGUUCAGGCCUUUCCCUCGCUGGUGGUACCAUCGCCGAUAUCUGGAGCAUUGAGGAGCGCGGGAUGGCUAUUGCUUACUUUGCUGCUGCACCCUACUGCGGCCCUGUGCUUGGCCCUAUCGUGACAGGUUGGAUCAACGUUGGAACGGGCCGCCUCGACCUCUUCUUCUGGGUGAACCUAGCCUUCGCCGGUGCUAUCAUGACCAUGAUCGGCCUUGUCCCAGAGACAUAUGCUCCAGUGAUUCUUAAGAGACGCGCCGCGAAACUCCGCAAAGAAACCGGAAACAACAUCAUCACCGAGCAAGAAAAGACGAAGCUCACAUUCCGAGAAAUCGCUCGCACAAGCCUGAUCAGACCCAUCACUAUGAUCAUGACAGAGCCCGUCCUCGACCUAAUGUGUAUGUAUAUCGUGCUGAUCUACGCAAUGCUGUACGCCUUCUUCUUCGCAUACCCGGUGAUCUUCACCAAGCUCUAUGGCUACAACGACGGCCAGAUCGGUCUCAUGUUCAUCCCCAUCCUGAUCGGCGCCGGUUUCGCCCUAGUUGUCACUCCCGCCAUCGAGGGCAAGUUCCGGAAAAUCUGUAGCACGAGAUCUCCAACACCAGAAGACCGACUCCAGGCAGCGCUGAUUGGUGCGCCUUUUAUCCCAAUCGCCUUCUUCAUCUUGGGCGGUACCUCCUACAAGCAUAUUAUCUGGGUUGGACCUGCUUCGUCGGGGAUUGCCUUUGGUUUCGGCAUGGUGUUGUGCUACUAUGCAGUGAAUAACUAUAUCAUCGACUCGUACCAGAAGUACGCUGCAUCGGCCUUGGCGGCUAAGGUCUUCCUCCGCUCUGGUGGUGGCGCGGCUUUCCCGCUGUUUACUACGCAGAUGUAUGAUCGUCUUGGGUUGCAGUGGGCUUCUUGGCUGCUUGCUUUCAUUGGGGUUGCCAUGGUUUUCAUUCCGUAUAUCUUCUACUUUUUUGGGGCGGGGCUGCGCGCAAGACUUAGUCGGGACUAG